AUGGUGCUGGCUGACGUGAUAGCGCUGGCGAUGGUGCUGAUCAAUUUGGUGUGGAAGAUCAGUCCGGGCCGUCUGGUUCAACGUAAGAAGGACCACUUGAUCGAGGCGACGAUUCGGGUCAAUUUGUUGGCGCAUUUCUGGGUGGCCAAGGCGUUCCUCCCCGGCCUGCUCCGCCGCGACUCCGGCCACAUCGUUUGUAUCGCAUCAGCCGCCGGGCUUUUCGGCUGCUCAGGCAUGUCCGACUACAGCGCUCCCAAAUCGGGCGCCAUCUCCCUGCAAGAGGCCCUAGAAGUGGAGUGCAAGGUGUUGGGCAAGGAAGGCGUCCGCUUCACGACUGUCUGCCCAGGCUACGUCGCUACUCGGCUCACCUCGGCUGAUAAUCUACCGGCCGCCCAGACGAAGGAGCUGAUGAACCCAACUUUUGUUGCACAGCGGAUAGUCCGGGCUGUGGAGCAAGAGCAGGGGCUGUUGUGUCUGCCGGCGACGUUCUACUUCUUGAUCGCGAUUAAGGGCGUGCUGCCCCGCAGCCUAUACCAACGACUUCUCGUGGCGCUGCUGUGGAAGGAGCAGCAGGAGGAGAACACUUUAUACGGCUACAACCGUACCCCUCACCCCUCGCAGACGCCACCCGUCAAUCCGUUGAACAACAAUGUCUUUAAGGGCGAA